AUGUGUGUUUUGGUGGCUCCUCUUAAUUCUCAAGCCCAGUCAGAUUGUAAUACAGCUAAGCCUGGUAUUUCAGUUCUCAGUGAAGACUACUUGGAUGCUUCAGCAGUCUCCUUUACAAAGAACAACAAUGUUGCUGAAAUUGAAAUCCUGACUGGAUCCAAUUACAAAAAGUGGAAACAUGAUGUGGACUUUGCUUUUGAAUUGGUUGAGAUGGAUAUGAUUAUUAUAAAAGAUGCACCGACAGAACCAACAGAGGAAAGUAAUGACGAAGAGAAAAAUGAAUAUGCUAAAUGGGAAAGAUUGAACAGGUUGUGCUUAAAGGCCUUAAAGAGGUCCAUUGCUGAGCAUUUACUGGGGUCUCUACUAGAAACAGAUGGCGCCAAGGAAUUUUUUGAGACUGUGGGUGAGGAUUUUCAAGUUUCUGAUAAUGCUGAAGCCUCAAGAUUGAUGGGUGAGCUAAGGAAUUUAAAGUAUGAUGAAACAGUAGGAGUCCGUCAGUUUAUUUUGAGAAUGGUCUGCAUGCAGAAUAAGUUGAAGAACUUAGAUGUGACUCUUCCUGAGAGUUUCAUUGUUCAUGAAGCUCUUUUACAGCUUCCGUCACAAUUUAGUCAGAUGAGGACAGCUUAUAAUACAAGUAGCCAGCCAUGGACUAUUAAUGAGCUUAUUACUAAAUGUGAUGCCGAGGAAGCAAAAGUGAAAAGAGAAAAAGUGGCAUCUACGAAUGAAAAGGUAGAAUCUGCUAAAAUGGUUUCUCAGGAAAAAUCUUCUGGUAACAAGUUCAAAGGAAAGAAAAAGUGGCAAGGUCAUAAAAGGACUCAGGCUUUCAAAGGAAAUAGUAAAAGUGGAACCUAG